AUGCGCCGGUCGAUGUUUCUCUGUAUCUCCCCGUCAUGGCGGCCCCACUCGGAGCUCAUACAGGGCUGGAUAGCCGGGGCCUCCAGUGAGCCGCGGCAGCUGCAGCAGGCCCGCUCCUACAUGUACGGCCUGCAGCUCGAGGCGGUGCUGGAGGAGGUGGAGGACGCGACGGACCUCGUCUACUUCAUGCACCGCGUCUCGUACCCGGCGGGGAGUCAUCUCGAGGCACGCGUGGGGGACUUUCUCGCUGCGGCCGCCGCCCAGUGCACCCGCGAGGACCUCCUGGCGGUCACCAGACGCCUGCAGGAGGCCCCCGCUGCCGGGCCGCUCUGGGCGCGGGUCCUUCUCGCCCGCCCGUGGCUCGCCGAACGCCUCCCCGCCCUCCUCAACGGCCUCUCACUCGACGAACACAUCGCUGUGGCCGCCGCCGUCUGGCAGGCAUUACUGCGAUCCCAGCGAGACGCCCCAUGUCCCACACCCACCACCACAGGAGCCGCACAGCAGCUAGCAGCACUCACAGCCCAGCGGCUCACGCGAGAUAAGACAGGGCAAGGCGUUUGUCUUUGCGCCAAACUAGGAAUUCCGCUCUCUGAGGAGAGUCUAGUCGCUAUGCGGACGCUUAUUCUGGCACAAACUCGCAAUGGUCUGAAUGCGACGCAGCUGGGGGAGGUAGCAGAGGCGCUUGCAGCACAGCGGUCAAGCGAUACGGAGUGGAUAGAAGCACUGCAAAUGGCUAUUUGCCAGAAUCCUAUUACUAGCAUAGAAGCGCAGCACGCUGUGAGUAUUCUUCACGCAAUAGCAAUGGUACCAGAUACCCCAGUAUAUGUAGGAUUUGAGAAGUUGUUGGUUCGACUUCUUCCUGAUAUGUCAGUAGAGGCUAGACUGAGUUGUUGUGAAAGUCUUGCGGUGCUUUCAGGUGUUGCACAUGGAUUACGUGAUAAGCUUCGUACAACUUUGUACUCUGCAGUGAGUAAAUUUAUAAAAAGAGAAUACAAGGAAUGUAAUGAUGAUAUGAUUUUGCGGCAACUGCGCGCAUUGUCUCUAAUUGCGUCAAAAGAAGCCAAGGUGUUGCUUUUGGAACUUGCGAAUAAUAUGAAAGAGAGUAAACACAUUUUAUCACCAACUGCAACUCAAAAUCUUAUUCGUUCUAUGUGGGAAUUACAGGAAUUUCCACCAGAACUUGUUUCACAGUGUAAGUCAUCGUUUCUUCAAAAUACAUUAAUGUCCUUCAGUCAGGAAGAUGCUGCUUAUUUGCUUUAUGCUGCUGCUUAUGCAGGGGAACCGGCUGAUGGAAUUUUUUUUAGGGAUGCACUUAAUCGUUUUGUCACCACGCGUAAAUUUGAUCGGCGAAGGAAUAGAACUCAACAAAUUAAUAUAUUGCCUAUUUUAACUGUGAUAAUGGUUUUACGAACAUUUAGUGUUGCGAAAGGAGGACAACUCACAACUGAAUCUAAAGUGUAUUCAAUGGUGCGUGACGCGGUAGAGUAUCAUCAACGUCAAGGUGUGAUAACUGUAGAAGAUGCUAUCACCAUUCUCAGGUUACUGGUACAGUUAAAAGUGGUAGACGCAUCCCUGACAACAGUGCUACUGACUGGACUUUCAAAGUCUAUAUCAAGCAUGACAGCUGUUCAGGCGAGCGGGUUGUGCGAUGUAUUAGUAGCCCUCAAAUCCCGUGACGUCCUCAUGUUCCGUGCCUUGCUUUCUCGUUUAGUGAAACUACAUCCAGAUCAUGUUUGUAUCACUAAGAUUGCUUUUGCCGCGCGAAGGUUAAAGUUUAUUCCGUACUUUCAGCAAUCCGCGUUGGUUUCACAGAUUACCUCACUCCAUGGCUGGAGUGUUUCGGACAUUGUGUUGGUAGCAUCAGCCUGUGAUAAAAAACAGCGGGAGGACCUGUUGUCUCUACCAGGUUCUGAAAUACUUGCAAAGGCAUCCGCAGAAGAAAUGACAACGGUUGAUCUCUUUUUGUUGCUCUCUAUUACCCACGGAGAUGAACCGCGGCUGGUUGCUAUGACAGAAACACUUAAAACUCGUCCCCCAAUAGCUGCAGGAGAUCUUGAGGUUGAAGAUGCAUGGCGUGCGGUCGCUAACGUUGUGAGUAAUACAGAGUCACUUGCGACAGUGUGCCGUAGCUGUGCCGCAACAUUACAAAGUGUUGAUGAAAAUAUGCUUAUGCGAGUUCUCGAAGUGGCUUUGACAGCGCCAAAACUUCCAAAUAUAUUUUUUCGGGUUGUAGGAAAGUCGGUCCUACGUCUUGCAAAUAGCAUGGCUAUUGAAAAUGCUCUUCGCUGGUUGCAAUUGUACGUUAACUGUCAAAUUCGUGAUGAUAGUGUGGGUAAAGCACUUCUCGCCAAGACGCGCACACGUAGUAAUUAUGCAGCUGGUAUAACAGACAAAACUAUUCGAAAAGCAGCCGCCAUGUAUGGGAAAUCGUAUACAUUUCAGCCCAAAGUAAAAAAACAUCAAGAAAAAGUAGAAUGGUAUCCACUAGGGUCUAUUUAA